UUGUUAUUGUUAGCUUGUUAGCUAGCAGAUGAACUCGAGAAAUGGAGAUAUGACAGAGUAAUAACGACUUAUUACAUGUGCACGAUUAAGUUAUUACAAACGUUAAGUGAUGGAGGACGGAAACAGGACUGAUGCUGCUUCCACAUCCAAGAGCCACGCAGGCUCACUCCACCUGCAGACUCCAAAAAAUGAGGAUGCCUAUGAAAUUGCCAUCCCCUAUGAGGAGAGCAACUUUGAGCAGCCAGGAUUUUUCAACCAGAGUGAUCAGAACUUUGAUGAUUCGCCCCCAUCAGCUGGCCCGUCUCCAGUCAACAACUCAUACAUGGUGAUCACCAACCUGCGGACCCAGCUACAAAUCUCUCUGGAGAAAAAUUCUUGGCUGCAGAAAAGAAUUGAGGACCUGGAAGAAGAGAGGGACUUCCUCCGUUGCCAGCUGGACCGCUUCAUCUUUUCCACGAAGAGCCAGGGACAGGAGCAGAGUCAGAGCCAGUACAGUAACGGUUAUGAGUCCAGACGAUUCAACUGGAGGGCAAGAAGAGAUGAAGAUCGUCCUGCUGAGCAACAGAAGUCAGAUGCACAGCAUUUCACCUCACGUCAGUUUAUCCAGCGAAGGCCCGGUCCUCCAACUAUGGUGCCUUCCAAAAACCAUGUCUCCAGUCCACUAACCAAUCAGCUUGCCUCUAUGAAUGCUUUGUUCAACUCUACACAAUCCCAGGCCCUCUUGCAAGGCCAUAGCCAUAGUACUCCCAGUACCACGGCCAGUGGCAGCAGUGGCAACAGCAACAGUGUUACCAGGUCAUCCAUUAAUGAAAUGAGCGGACACGGCAACAUAGGUCCAGAUUCCCUCUCGCUCUUGGGAGAAUCUGAUGAGUACUUGGAGCAGGACGGCUACCUUGAGGAGGAAGAAAUGAUAUCAGGGGAAGAUGUAAUGCCAGAUACCAUUAACAGCAACAGACACCAGUUAAAAAGAAGGCGAGUCUUCCGAGCCCCUAGAGAACGGCAGAGAGUGAAAGAUGCUGCUGGAGUGCUGUUUCGCUACAAGAAAAUCCUGCUUACAUACCAGCGUCUGAAAAAUAUGUCCAAAGCCUUCCAAAUCCAUGGUGUGGACCGCAACACAGUGGCUUCUACCACACCCAUAGCUGAGUUGCUACUAGUGGCCCCAGAGAAGGUUGCAGAGGUGGGCGAGUUUGACCCAUCCAAGGAGAAGCUACUGGACUACGCCCGGCGCUGCUACACUGCCCUGGAUGAGGAGACACUCAGCAGGGUGCAGGCCCUAAAGAAGAAUAACCUGCUCUUGCCCAUCUCCUACAGGUUCAGACACUGAGGGGAGAAAGACAGAGGGAUGGGAAGUGUGUCUCUAGAAAACAGUGGAGUCGGUGGUUAGGUGAGGAGAAGGGAGGCAGUUGGGAUCUGCUGCAGCAGGUCACCGCACCUCCGAGGCACAGAGAUGUCCAGAGGGAUGAGGAAUUAUUUUACUAACUCAGCAUCCUGGAUAUAGCCAUGUAGGCUGCAGCUGAGAUUUUUGCUUUUCAGAAAAAUAAACUUUCCACGUCUCCCUUUUAUUAAGAAUACGGAUCAGGUGCAUCAAGUUUCGUUGACAAAUCCUCACCAUCGUUCCAGGAAUACUGAGGAUGUGGGAGUGCCUGCUGCAGCCGGGAAGGAGCAAAGAGCAAAGUAGCAUGUCUUUGCAAUUCAGAAUUUGUGAACAAGAAUGUGUCCUGAGUAUUAGGGUUAUAGAGCAGAUUGCGUUUCCGCUCUACUUAAAUGAGUGUAAUCAACGUAGCUCAUACACGUCUCGGUGUGUAGGUUUGCAGAGAAUCACAGACAUCUACUUUCCUGUACAUCUGAAUCAGUUUGAGGCCAGGAUUGUCUAGAUCAUUUCAGUUCCUGGCAGCCUAAAUGAUUUAUAAGCCUAGCAAUUUUUAUCACUGUAUUUGAGUGCAAUUUUGACACAGUCCUAAAAAUUUGGUAAUCACCAUCUCUGUGUAUGUUAAAAUGAUGCAGCACUCCAUAGAUUUUGCCAUAGUUUUAAGAAGUUGUCACCAAUUUCUUAUGUUUAUAUUGCUCAGUGCGUUCUUGCUCUAUUAUUUUUGCCAUUGUCAUUACAAUAUCAAUCAUUUUCAUUUGCCUUAAUGCAAUAUUUGUGAAUUCCUAAUUUAGAGAUGCAACUGUUCAGUUUCACUUUCACUGCCUGAACACCCACUGCAUAAGAGUCUGGGAGUCAUUUUGAGUCCUCUUUUCCUUUCCAUUUCUCCAGACUUAAAGGAAGGGAGAACUCACAAAAAGAAAGAAAUAGAUGCGAUAAUGAACUUGCUAUAGUAAAGACUAGUCUGACAUCAUGUGAUGCAAAUGCAUUUUUGAAAGUACCAUACUUCUGGCAAUAAGAGCCACUUGAUUUUAGUUAAAAAAUCAAAAAACAGACACACAAACGUUGGUGAUAUUAUAUGUGUUUGCCUCAUAAUAAUAAGGCCACCUGUUGGUCUCAGGCGCAGUUUUAACAACAGUACUGCUGCAUUACUCUUUUGCUCCACUACAAAUUGUACUAACCCUUUUUAUAAUUAUCUGCACUAAAAAUACACUAAAUGUCACUUCUUAUGCUUCUGAUAUUGAGGCGCUUGAAUUGAUUUUGUGACAAUUAUACCUUUUGUAAAAUACGGUACAGAGCAUUUACACUAAUUAUUACUAAAAUUACUAUUUGUAACACUGUGUAACUUUUGGUUCAUUGUGAAAAAUUGUGGACAUUGAUCAUAUAAACAGUUUUUACAAUGUGAGUUACAGCAUCAUCAAAAGCAGCUAGCUUGUGCACACAGAGAGUCUAUCGUUGCUUCCCAGUGUCUCACUACAAAUGCAUGUGAAAAGAGUUCUUUGAUGAUCUGUAGCCUAUAGAGGUCUUGUCAAAAUUCAUAAUUUUCAAAGCAGCAGACACGUUAAUUAUAUUGUAUGAUAAUGUGUGGUGUUUGUGCCGGUACAGUGAAAUGAUAAGAUCUCUUAUAUCAAAGCAGAUUAUUUUACAGUGGAAUACGCUGACUCUUGGCUUCAAUUUUCAUUCCUUAAUAAACCAUUUUCCUAAACGUAAACAGAGACGGGUACUCCGACCUGUGUGUGUAAGGUGCAGUGCAACUGCUAAGCAGACCUUGCAAAAUCAUACCAGGGUGUAGUGUUUUAAAAAACAAUAAUCUGUCUGUCUCAUUUUAAUGUCUCAUAUUUCUGUAUAUUGAUUGAAAUGUGUAUCUCACUUAAAGCCAAUUAUUCACCAAAUGUAUAGUGAGACACAAAUGUCAUUAACACGUUUGAUUUCCAAACAAAAAUUUAGAUUUAUUAAUCUGUAAAAUCCAACGUCACCAUUCACUGAAAACAAAAGCUUAUGAUUCAUAGACUGUACUGUUAAGACAGAAAUGUAAUUAAAACAUUUGAUUUCCUACAAAUAAUGUCUAUUUCUAAUUCU